ACAGUCGUCGUCACUUUGGUGCCUCCGAGUGAUCUCAUGUGGGCUUGUCUCGUCCACCCAACAAAAGUAAUGAUAGAAAAAACUCGAUCCGCAACUACUUGAUUUUGUAUUUUUGUUGUAAUUUUUCCACACACCCAAUUUUCCCGUGGAAGAAAAGGAGUCAGCUUUUUCGUUGCUUUUAAAGCUUCAAUCUUUACCUAUUUGCCCAAAAUAUUCUGGGUUUUGUGAGAAUGAUGACGUCAUGUCGGAAUAUAGAUUUAGGUACGAUGAUGAUGGCAUGUGGUUGUGGCCGUCGUCAAUUUCCUUCCUUAGCGAAGACUGUUGUUUGUAAGUUUGGUAGCAGCAAUAGAAGCUAUGGCGGUGGGAUUCUUUGCAAAGCGGUACCGACGAAAUCAAAGGAAAUCUCUUUGCUCAAUGGUAUGUAUUGGUCAAGCUCAAACAGUGACUUUUGAUUUGAGGCAAGCGUCUAAACAGCCUAUUUCGUUGGUCAAUCUGUUUGAGCUAGUAGCUGAUGAUCUGCAGACUUUGAAUGACAAUCUUUUAUCUAUUGUUGGUGCAGAAAAUCCGGUUCUGAUAUCUGCCGCUGAGCAAAUUUUCGGAGCUGGUGGUAAAAGAAUGAGACCGGGUUUGGUAUUCCUUGUAUCACAUGCCACGGCGGAAUUAGCAGGCUUAAAGGAACUUACAACUGAACACCGGCGUUUGGCUGAGAUCAUCGAGAUGAUACACACCGCAAGCUUGAUACACGACGACGUGUUGGAUGAGAGUGAUAUGCGAAGAGGAAAGGAAACUGUUCACGAGCUUUUCGGCACAAGAGUAGCAGUGUUAGCUGGAGAUUUCAUGUUUGCUCAAGCGUCAUGGUACUUAGCAAAUCUCGAGAAUCUUCAAGUUAUUAAGCUCAUCAGUCAGGUGAUCAAGGACUUUGCAAGCGGAGAGAUAAAGCAGGCAUCCAGCUUAUUUGACUGCGACGCUAAGCUCGACGACUACUUACUCAAGAGUUUCUACAAGACAGCCUCUUUAGUGGCUGCAAGCACCAAAGGAGCUGCCAUUUUCAGCAGAGUUGAGACUGAUGUGACAGAGCAAAUGUAUGAGUUUGGGAAGAAUCUCGGUCUCUCUUUUCAGAUAGUCGAUGAUAUUUUGGAUUUCACUCAGUCGACAGAGCAGCUCGGGAAGCCAGCAGGGAGUGACUUGGCUAAAGGUAACUUAACCGCACCCGUGAUUUUCGCUCUGGAGAAAGAGGCAAGGCUGAGAGAGAUCAUUGAGUCUGAAUUUUGUGAGGCGGGUUCUCUGGAAGAAGCAAUUGAAAUGGUGAGAGAAGGCGGGGGAAUCAGGAGAGCACAAGAAUUGGCUAGAGAGAAAGCUGAUGACGCGAUAAAGAAUCUGCAGUGCCUGCCUCGAAGUGCUUUCCUGUCAGCUCUAGAAGAAAUGGUGAUGUAUAAUCUCGAAAGAAUUGAUUAGCUUUUCCAACAGAAGUUAGAAAGAUUGAGAUGAGACAUGCUUAUAGACUUAUAGUACAGUAAAGCACACACAAAAGAGGAUUUGGCUGUAAUACAGAGAUUGUAACCUGGUGAAAAUCCUUGGUAUUUCAAAAGCAAUAACACAUGAUUUCGAUUA